AUCUCCUCAUUCCUCGCUCAUUGCUCGUACGUAGCUUACGCGUUUCGUGUUACGUUAUACCAGUGUACGUGUUCAGUGACCCUCGAGAUGAAAGCCAUAACGGCGAUGUGCGCGACCGGAGCCUCGGUGCCAGCGAUCGCAGGCGGUCGAGUGCAGCGGCACCGCGACGGCGAGAACGCAGAGAUACAGAUGUACCUUUCCAAGCUCCAGGACUUGGUGCCCUUCAUGCCGAAGAACAGGCGUAUCUCAAAGCUGGAGGUGAUACAACACGUGAUCGACUACAUCUGCGACCUGCAGUCGGCGCUUGAGAACCAUCCCGCCGUUGGGCAGUUCGACGCAGAGGCCGCGCUGGCGCCCUGCUCCCCAGCACCAGCUUCCGCGCCCCGGCCGCGCCGUCGCCCGCUCGGUGUGCGCUCUGCGCCUAACACAAUCCUGAGGACGCAGCCCUCGCAGCACCACUCCACACAUACGACUCCUGAGAAACAAGACCAGCCGGACAGGCCGAUGUCGUGCUAAAUGACGCUUAGGUUAAUAAGGACAUUAUUAUUUAUGGUGAAACGUGAACGUCGAGGGACGAAGCGCCGAGGGCCGGGGCGGACCGGCACAGCGGCGGCCCCGCGCCACUUCCAGUGAACAUCGUCUCGCGAUGAUAUCCUAAUGCGAUCUCGUUACGAUCAAUAAACUACGUUAAUUUAAUUAAUCUGUGGCAUUACACGAAGACUUGAGCAUUGCAAUGCAAUGACGGCGGUUGCGGCCGCUUGUUUUGUUGAUAGCCUUUCUUUUUUUGUACAAAGCUUUACUAGUUCUUAGAGGGAUGGACGUAAACAAAUUUGUAAAUAUGGAGUGGUUUGUGGAACAUCUACAGUUAUCGCCACCUAUAUAUCGCUAUAUUUUGUAUCAAACAACAAUGAAUGUAAUCUUGAGGACAUAUUACGAGUAUUAUGUACAUGUUUAGUAUGUUUUAUUUUAUUUUCUAUUUAAAUCACUUCUAGGUCUUUAGUUUCUAAACGAUGCUUCCAUUUAUAUCAAAGACGUGAAUCGAUUUAAAGUCGAUUUACUUAUUAUAUUAUUUAAGUUGAUUAAAUUCACGAGUGUGAUUUUGCAUGGCGAUUUUGUUGCUAUUAGAGUUAUAGGAUUAUUUGUAUGCUAGUGCUGGACGCAAGAGUUCUUUUUUAACUUAAAUCUUGCGCCGGGUACGAGUACUGUACAUAUUGUAUGUAAAGUGAAGAAAUUAAUGAUUAUAUAAAAAAAAUUAAAGGCAAAUUAUCGAUUUGAAACUAUUAUGAUUUUAUUUUGAAUUUAAGGGAAAAAUGCUUUAAUUAUCUUAUAUAAUUCUUAUUAUGGCGUAUUAUGAUUUUAAUAGACUGUUAUAGUUUUAGUUAUUGAAUGAUGCGUAGCGUGUCGGGCAAAUUGUAUCGUUGAAAUGGUCGGGUGUGAUGAGAGUGGUAGGCUGACCUACGCCUGCCACCUCACCAUCGCCUCACCACAAACACGUCACAAACUGUAUAUCUGUAUAGACGAUACUUUACGAUUCGUUAUCAGUAAUUUCAUCUUUGUUUCGAUUUUGAAUCUUUGCACUGAUUUUUUACAAAUGAAAACUACUAUAUUAAUCAGAACAUCUAAAAAUAAAAAAGUAUUUAAAAUUA